AUGAAAUGCUUAGUCAAUUUGCUCAUUGGCCAGUCUUGGACGUCUCUUCUGGUGAUUUUGCUGACAGUUCAGACUAUCAAAAUUUGUACAGCUCAUCCGAAUUACUCAAUCAGUUUGAAACCAAUGGCACAGCUGUCUCCAGAAUCAGAAGAUUGUCCAAAAUUCAAAGAAAAUCCAUGGUGUCCCUGCUACCAGUUCGAAGAUGGGCUGUUUCUAGAAUGUCCUACUACCGGAAUAAAUGAAAUAAAAACUACACUUUCACUCAUCGACGUUCCCAUUAAGUCUCUAGGCAUAUAUCAUCUAGACAAAAACAUAUCUGCAUUGCCCGCAAAAAUGUUUUAUAAUGCUUCAAUAUCACAUCUUUUGUUAUCUUACAGUAAUAUAGAUGCUCUUGAUGAGCUGACUUUUUUCGGUCUUGAAGACUCCUUACAGAGCUUAUCAUUAGUUAACAGUAAACUUAGAGAAGUUCCAAAACAGGCGUUAAGUACUUUAAAAUUCCUGACAUCUAUUGAUUUUGAUUCUAACGAUAUUCAAAAAGUUGAUAGUUAUGCUUUUUACGGAAUGCCGCUAACAACACUGAAUUUACAAGGGAACCAAAUGGAAUCUUUAUCCGAGUAUGCGUUCGGAGGUUUGGAAAACACUUUGGAGGAACUAAUACUCAUCAACAAUAAAUUGCAAAAUUUCCCCCUCAGUGCUUUAAGACGUCUUAGGAAAUUGAGAUCGUUAAGGCUUGUGAAAAAUUUUAUUGACGAUAUUCCAGACGAUGGGUUUACAAGGUUCACCGAACUUCAGACGUUAGACCUCAAUUCAAACAAAAUCAAGGAACUGCAUGAUCGGAGCUUUGUAACAAUGCCAAGAUUAACUGUUUUAUCCUUGCAAUUGAAUGUACUGAGAAAAUUGGACGAAAGAGUGUUUAUUCACCUUAGGGAGUUAGAAAAUUUAGAUUUAAGUUACAACAGACUAAUGAAUCUCAGUCCCCGUGUAUUAAGUCCUCUUCACAAAUUGCGGACAAUCGACAUGAGCUUUAAUCAUCUACAUUCAAUUGAAGGGGGAUUGUUCCACAAUUUAACAAUGCUAAGAGAGAUAUUUCUUUCAAAUAACAAUAUCCUGAAAAUAACAAAUGAAACGUUACAUAACAGUUCAGAAAUAGCAGUUUUAUUCUUACCGAAUAAUGCCAUCAUAUCGAUAGAAAUGGGAGCAUUCCAUUCCUUGCAGAAUCUCUACCAAUUGCAGCUUUCGUUUAAUCAGUUGAGAGAAAUACAUCCCCUUUUGUUCAAAAGCAAUCGAGAGCUACGUUCCCUUUCUAUGGAUAAUAAUUUCAUAAUGGACAUUCAUCCGGGAACUUUUCAGGAACUGAUUGAACUUAGAGAUUUGCGCUUGCAAAACAAUUUGCUGAAACGGAUAAAGAAGGGAAGUUUCUAUUCUUUACCGAACCUCCAGGAAUUACAUUUGCAAUUCAAUCGCAUUGAAUUAAUUGAAAAAGAUGCUCUGAAAAGUCUGGCAAAUUUGCAGCACUUAAAUAUUCAAGGAAACAGAUUAAUUGAAAUGGGCAACAUUCUUAGCAAAUAUCCAUCAAGUUUAAGAUCUCUACAAAUUAAUCUAAAUGACAUUACAGUUUUGCAGGAUCAAAGCCUACAAGGCUUAAAUAAAAUGGAAAUUCUCUGGCUGGACUACAAUAAAAUUAAAAAGCUAAAAAAGGACAUAUUUCAAGAUCUGAUAGAAGUUCAAAAACUCUACCUAGACCACAAUUCCAUAUCAUCAAUUGAAGAUAGAACGUUUGCCACUAUGAAACGGCUAACCUAUUUAAAUCUUGAGUACAAUAACUUGAAUCAUCUCAGUGCAAACAUAUUCCAAGGUGCUGAAAAUUUGGAAGAAAUUUACUUAACAAAUAAUAAAAUUAUGGAUAUUGAGCCGUUAACAUUUCAGCACUUGAAACACCUUCAAGUUUUACAUCUUUCACAAAAUCAAAUAUAUAUAGUUCGAAAAUAUAUGUUUGAAGGUGGAUAUAUGCUGGAAGAAUUAAAACUGUCAAACGCGAUGAUUGAAAGCAUUGAAGAAAAUACAUUUACACACUUAUCCAGUCUGAUUAAACUUGAUCUCAGCAAUAAUCAACUUUUGACAAUUAAAAUUGCCUUUUUGAACAGCUUAAGUGAACUUAAUUUAAGUUUUAAUAACUUCACGACAAGAACUAGUGUAGAACUACAUUCCCUAAAUAGUUUAACUACUUUGAAUUUGAACAGCAUCUGCACUGACAGUAUUCCUAGUUAUUUGUUCGAAUCCUUAAUCAACUUACGAGUUUUGCAUAUCGAAACUUCCCAAGUUGGAAGUACUGUCUGUGUACAGAAACAAACUAAAGAUAAUUCCAAGCCUGGCUGCCAGCGAUAA